UUAGAUUUCUUUGCUGAAAAAGACCCAAGCAAACAAGAAGGUGUGUUAAGAGCCAAAGAAAUGAGGAUCGAUAAUUUGAAGCACAAGUUUCCCUACAAGUACAUCAAGUUGCUCCUCACCUUCUUCUUUUUUGGUCUCGCAGUACGAUUCCUCUUCUUUCAUCAUUCCCUGCCCCUCCAGAUUUCCACACUUUUGGAAUCCCCUUUUCCUGAUAAAACUACCGAACCCGAAAAUCCAACUGUUUCACAACUAGUUCCCCAAGAGCUACCUGUUCCAAAACAUGAAGAUCAAGUGUCUCAGACAGACACGGAGAAAUGUGAUUAUUUUAACGGGGAUUGGGUCCCAAACCCUUUUGGUCCGGUUUAUACGAAUGAAAGCUGCAACCUCAUCGAAGCUCAUCAAAAUUGCUUGAAAAAUGGGAGGCCCGACACGGAUUUUCUGUAUUGGAAGUGGGUUCCUAGAGACUGUGAGUUGCCUCAGUUUGAUCCACAGAGAUUUCUCAACAUGAUGCGUAAUAAAGUGUGGGCUCUCAUUGGUGAUUCUAUAUCCCGCAACCAUGUGCAGUCCUUGCUCUGCAUUCUUUCUAAGGUGGAACAAGCUGCCUUGGUCUACCAUGAUGAGGAAUAUAAGUCUAAAAGUUGGUUGUUUCCCUCAUACAACUUCAGUAUGUCAGUUAUUUGGUCACCCUUCCUUGUGGAAGCUGCUAUUUUUGAAGACAUAAAUGGUAUUUCAAGUGCUGAAGUUGAGCUAUAUCUUGAUAAACUGGACAAUAAGUGGAAGGAUCAGUACCUGAACUUUGAUUACAUUAUUAUUUCAACUGGGAAAUGGUUUCUCAAAUCUGCGAUCUACCAUGAAAAUGACACAAUAAUUGGCUGCCACGAAUGUCCUAAAAGGAACUUGACGGAGAAGGGAUUUGACUUUGCCUAUCGCGAAGCCUUGAAAUUUGUCAUGAACUUCAUAGCUUCUUCUAAUCACAGAGGCUUGAUUUUUUUCAGGACAUCCACACCCGAUCAUUUUGAAAAUGGGGAGUGGUUUAGUGGGGGAACUUGCAAUAGAACAGCACCAGUUAAAGAAGGUGAGAUGGAAAUGAAAUAUUUGAGCAAGAUUCUUCGUGACAUUGAAUUAGAGGAGUUUGCAAAGGCAGCUUCUGAAGCUUCAAGAAAUGGAGUGAACUUAAAACUUCUUGAUGUUGCACCUCUUUCGCUUUUGAGACCAGACGGGCAUCCUGGUCCAUACAGACAGUUUCAUCCAUUUGCCAAUGGCCCAAAUGAUAAAGUUCAGAAAGAUUGUUUGCAUUGGUGCUUACCUGGGCCAAUAGAUUCUUGGAAUGACAUUAUAAUGGAGAUGGUUGUCAAUGGGUAAGACAUCAGUUAAAUACCAUUUCCAGUUCCCUCAGGGAAGUUGUGAAUACUGGUGAAUUGUUACUCUCUGUAUACUAUGAUUCUUGAUAUUCCUUCAAACGUAUAAUGGAGAUUGGAGGCAAUCAAAUUGAAUGUAGCAGAAAAGAUUCUAAAUAUCAGUUUACAAACUAAUUUUGAUAUUGAGAGUUGGAAGUACACGCCCAUAUAUGCUUUCAUUUUUUUGUUAGGGGGGAUCCGAGGUUAUUUGGGGCAAUUAUUGUUGGAUCUUUUCGAUUUUUUAUAUCUUCCGAUGCUGCUGUCUACUUACUGAUAUCAGUCGUCAUAUAUGAAUGAUGAGUAGUGUUACACAUCCUAAACAUAUUGAUUCAGCUAGAUUUCAUGUUAGAGAUACUGUA